AUGGCCCGCCUGCUCCGGGCUGUGACCUGGGGGCUGUUCCCCCGGAGGAGCUACUGCUCCAGGGAGGUGCAGGGCGAGCUCAGCAAGAGCUUUGUGGAGGCUCUGAAAGCAGUCGUGGGACCCUCCCAUGUGUCUACUGCCACUGCAGUCCGAGAGCAGCAUGGACAUGAUGAAUCGCUGUACAGGUGCCAGCCCCCGGGGGCUGUGGUCUGGCCCCAAAAUGUGGCUCAGGUCAGCCAGCUGGCGGCCCUGUGCUACAGCCAAGGCAUGCCCAUCAUUCCAUUUGGCACCGGGACAGGCCUUGAGGGUGGCGUCUGUGCUGUGCAGGGCGGGGUCUGCCUGAACCUGACCCACAUGGACCAAAUCAUGGAGCUGAAUGCUGAAGACUUCUCGGUGGUGGUGGAGCCCGGCGUCACCCACAAAGCCCUCAACACCCACCUGCGGGACAGCGGCCUCUGGUUUCCUGUGGACCCAGGUGCAGACGCCUCCCUGUGUGGCAUGGCGGCCACGGGGGCCUCGGGCACCAAUGCCGUGCGCUACGGCACCAUGAGGGACAACGUGCUGAACCUGGAGGUGGUGCUGCCUGACGGGCGCCUGCUGCACACCGCGGGCCGCGGCCGCCACUUCCGGAAGAGCGCAGCUGGCUACAACCUCACGGGGCUCUUUGUGGGCUCUGAGGGGACGCUGGGCCUCAUCACCGCCGCCACCCUGCGCCUGCACCCUGCCCCUGAGGCCACGCUGGCUACCACCUGUGCCUUCCCCAGCGUUCAGGCUGCCGUGGACAGCACGGUGCACAUCCUUCAGGCGGCAGUGCCCGUGGCCCGCAUUGAGUUCCUGGAUGACGUCAUGAUGGACGCCUGCAACAGGUACAGCAAACUGAGCCACCCCGUGGCGCCCACACUCUUCCUGGAGUUCCACGGCUCCGAGCGGGUGCUGGCAGAGCAGCUGCAGCAGGCAGAAGAGAUCUGCCGGCACAACGGAGCCUCCCACUUCUCCUGGGCCCAGGAAGCCAAGGAGCGCAGCCGGCUGUGGGCGGCGCGGCACAACGCCUGGUACGCGGCCCUGGCUCUGCGGCCUGGCUGCAAGGGCUAUUCCACUGAUGUGUGUGUGCCCAUCUCCCGGCUGCCAGAGAUCCUGGUGCAGACCAAGGAGGACCUGAAGGCCUCGGGACUCACAGGAACCAUUGUUGGGCACGUGGGUGAUGGCAACUUCCACUGCAUCCUGCUGGUUGACCCCGAGGACACCCAGGAGCUCCGCAGGGUGAAGGCCUUUGCAGAACAGCUGGGCAGGCGGGCACUGGCACUCCAUGGGACAUGUACAGGGGAACACGGCAUCGGGCUGGGCAAGCGGCUGCUGCUGCAGGAGGAGGUGGGCGCCGUGGGCAUGGAAACUAUGCGGCAACUCAAGGCCGUGCUGGACCCCCGAGGCCUCAUGAACCCAGGCAAGGUGCUGUGAGGGGCUCUAAGGACCUUGGUCCACAAGCCCCCAGGCUGCGGAGCCUCCUCUCUCCUGGAACCUCCCUUGAUGUCCUGGAGCAGCCCUCUGCCUCUGCACAGACCCUGCAGGGAUGGAGAGCUGCUGAGGCCGCAGCAGCCCUCAAGGCCAGAGGGAAGGGAUGCCUGGGCCUCAGGCUCCUCACUGGCCCUCCCUUGGCUGGGGAAGGCAGUGACUAGGAGGCUACCCUUCAUCCGGGCCUCCCCACCACUGGGGGUCAGGGAUAAAACCCGAAGGGACCCGGCAGCCUUUGCUCUAUGCCUGGGGGCAGAAACCUCCCACUUCACAUUAACAUGAACCCAAAUCUAGGUACCACCUGGUCCUGGGAAUCCAGAUCUUCUCCUUGGGGCCCCCCAAAUAACUCCCACUUACAGCUGUUUGGAGGUUAGCAGGCAGCACCUGUGUACAGCCCUUCCGUUGUGACCCCGCCACCACCUCCAGGUUCUCUGAGGGCCCUGUCCAUUGGACAGUGAUGCCCUUGUUCCAGACCUGUCCCUGCCUUGUUGGAACCUGGGAUCCACUUUCAGGGACCUGGGUCCCUUCCCCAGUUGCUCUGCCACUGAGCCCGAAUGAGGCCUUAGAACAUUCUGAACACAUUCUCCAAAUAGCUGCUACCAACCAUUAGAAAUGGAAGUAAGAGGGUUCUCCCUGUACCCCACCUCCCCAAGGAGUAUUGUGUUGUACUCCUUUUUUGCCCUCGAAGUCAUGGCCUUUGCUGCUGUGGCUGCCCCUGCAUUGGGAUCUCCAGCCAGAGCCACUCGGCUCAGUCCUGUCUCAUUUCCCUGGUCUGGGCCACUUGGCAGUUGUUCCCCCAAAGCCCACAAGAGGGCAAGCUCAGACCCCACAGCACCUCCUUGGGGCAGUGGCGCCCAGGACUCGCCCCUGGCCAGGGCUUAUGCUCUCAGGCCUGCCCCAGGCAGCCCCACGACCUGGCACUUGGGGCUUCCCUGCACUGGGGCACCCACCUCCAAGGGCCAGGGAGAGGUCUGCUGUCCUGGAAAUCUCUCCCGUCUCCCUUGCCUUCUGGGUCUUUGGUCCCUGAGGAAAGGGGCUGGGCGAGCAAUGCAGGGCAGCCAGAACAGGCAGGCAGCACCUCCUGCCAUCUCACCCUCCCAGCCAUUUUUUUGGCCCUGCCUCUGAUGUCUCUUCCUGCCUGCAGCCCCUCAGGCUCUUCCUCUUCCCCGCUGUCAUCCAGGCCUGGCCUGGUCCCCUGACCCAGCAGCCCCCUCCAGGCUGUGGCUCCCUGUGCAGCUCCAGUCAGGGAAGCCCUCCUCUGCUAACGCUGGGCUAAGGCCCGGGGCCUGCCCUGGGGGGGUGCCAAGGCCACAGGCAGACAGCGGGGGCACUGACCUGAGCUUUGAGGACGCCCUUCGGUUAAUUUUCUGUUCCACCACCCUGCUGCCCUGGAUGGGAGCAGUGGCUGUGCCAAAGGGUAGUUUGGAGGAAAACCUCAUCAGCCUUCUCCCUGAAUCAGCCCCAAUGCAUGCCAGCCAUGCUUCCUACGGCAUCGGAAUUGCAGCGCUUUGCCCCCUGCCCCCUCUUCCUCCCAGGCUGCUUGCGGGUCAGCCUUCCUGCCGGAACCCAGGGGUGCCUACUGGUCAGCCCUCCUGCUGGAACCCAGGGGUGCCGCAGGGGUGGGGGCAGGGCUGUUCUCUGAUGGGUGCUCUGGUGCCUGGCAACUAGGAGGUACUCAGCAAAUGGCCACUUCUCACACUUUUUUUAUUAAGAAAUAUUUCUAACAUAGAGAAAAAUUGAAAGAAUGGUACAUCAUUCACUGAUACCAGCCACUGAGGAUUCAACAAUGAAGAUUUUUUGCCUUCUG